AUGGAGCACCAAAUACUUUCGACAUCGGGCUUGCAAACACUAGCACCGAACGAUUCCAUUGACUACGACGAGGACGACUCGCAGGGUGGCAGGAAGAAGAACAAGAAUGGGAAGCGGCGUAAAGUCAACCAUGCGUGUGUUUAUUGUCGGAGGAGCCAUAUGACGUGCGACGACAGUAGACCAUGCAAGCGUUGUGUAAAACGCGACAUUGGUCACCUAUGUCACGACGAACGAAAGCCUGUACCGGGAAUCAUGCAACCUAAGCCAGGUGAAUCGGAAGCUGUGAUAGGUGGUCCUGGGACCAACACGGCUUCUGGAACGGGGAAUAAUUAUGGUCUCGGUACUGAUGCGUCGACGAUCAUGCCUUGGAACAUGGGUGUUCCAUUGAAUAGUUAUGGGUUCCCCGUUGACUCUAGUGCAACGAACAAUGAGUUCUCUUUUCUUACGGAGUUCCUUGAAAAUUUGGAUGAGGCAUCAUUCUUUGGUGCACCGCAAAGCCAGAAUACUGGUCUCAAUAAUCUCUCUGUUCAACAGCAACAGCAACAGCAACAGCAACAGCCGACUACAUAUCCUUCUCAGCAACUACCCUUGCCUGAUACUACGAGCAGUACAGCUACCUCUUAUCCAUCUCUUCAAAAUCAGGAACCGCAAUCCACCCAACCAACUCAGCCCGUUCAAACCGAACAGCCCCAACAGGAAGAUACAUCUCCUAUCCCAAUCGAUCCGUCUCUAGAUCAACCAAAGCCCAAAGAGGAUGUCCAACCAGCACAGCCCAUCCUCCCGUCUGCAACUAAAAAGGAGCGUUUCCUCUUGAUCGCAGCAGACCAAGGUACCGGCUCACCCAACGAGCGACUCAAUCGCGUUAUUCAGGCGAAGUAUGAAGCCGGGCUGUUGAAGCCGUAUAAUUAUGUUAAAGGGUAUGCACGACUCUCGAAAUGGAUGGAUAGAAAUGUAUCGCAAGACUCGAAACAGCAAAUACUCCAACCCCUUUCUAUUCUCCGUCCGAAGUUCAGAGCGGUAGCCCAGACGCUUCGAGAUAUGGACCUUGUUUUCAUCGAAGAAGCCUUCGAGCGACUUCUAUUAGACUACGAUCGAGUCUUCUCCGCCAUGGGCGUCCCUGCUUGUCUCUGGCGAAGAACAGGCGAGAUCGUCAAGGGGAAUCGCGAGUUCACUGAGUUGGUUGGUGUGGAUGAUUACAUGCUACGAGAUGGGAGAUUAUGCAUUUAUGAAGUGAUGGCAGAAGAAUCAGCCGUUAAUUACUGGGAGAAAUACGGCCAGGUAGCCUUCGACUCAACCCAAAAAGCCGUCCUCACUUCCUGUGUCCUUCGAUAUAAACCUGUCUUCAACUUCCCCUCUUCAGGAGGCAGUACACCCGUCUCACAUCGCAAGUCCUUCUCCGCGUCAAAGAACGAGCAAAAGGAAGAGGGUUUCGUGAGCUGUUGUUUCUCGUUCACCAUCAGGAGGGAUAUGGUUGGGAUACCGAGUAUGAUUGUUGGCAAUUUCAUCAAAUGCUGA